CUUGUACCAACAACACCACACCACACCAGGCCAUGGCUAUGGUUCUGGACUCCAAAACCGACUUGUCGUUUCCCUACUGGGCCUCCGUUCACCGACGUUUUGGUCCUGACUCUUCUUUCUUUGCUACCGGCAACCUUGAAAGAGAACUUCUCGCCAAACAGGUUGCCUUAGAUUUAACUGAAGAUGAAAAGCAUCAGCUUCAGGAGAUGGUACGUGUUUACCCAAGAGAGGUACAGCCUGAGAACCCCAACAGCUUGGGAGCAAGGAAGAGAGAGUAUUUCAGGAUGUGCAGAGAACGAGACCUUCUACUGUAUCCCUGGAGUGAUAUCCCGGAAUUUUUCGCAAAGAACAAAGGAAGUAAGGCAAAACAGGAAGGCAUCGUUUCUCAACCAGAAUUAGUCCUUGCUUCAGCAGCUGAUGCCACAGAUGAGAGUCCGAUUUGUUAAUUUUGAAAACUGACCAUCUGCUUUUUCUUUCUUUAAACUGUACCAAAAUGAGGCUGUCAAGUCAAUAUUUUUUCCAUUGUAAUUUGAAUACACUUGAUAUCAAGCUAGCAAUUUCUAUUUCUCGAGUGCAAGCUUGACUUUAUGCUCAGGAAUAAAUAAAUCGGUUCUCAUUUC